GAGAGCGCGCGCUGCGGGACAGACAUGAGGAGCACCGGCCGGAGAGAGACGCGUUAACGGAGAGAGGAUUAUUAUUAUUAUUAUUAUUAUUAUUAUUAGCGUUUGUGGGAGCUCUUACACACACACACACACACACGCGCGCGCGCGCUCCGGUGGCGGAUGAGCCGCAGGUCUCUGAGUGUGACUCGGUUCCGUUAGUACCGACCGGGACAGACCGACAGACCGACAGUGUGAGUGUGUGAGUGUGUGUGUGGAGGAGAAGCGGCACCGCGCGGCCUCGGUGAUCUCCGGAGCGGGAGAGCGGAUACACACACACACACACACACACACAUACACACACCGCUGUAACACACCGGGGAGUGGAGGAGGAAUAAUAAUAAUAAUAAUAAUAAUCAGAGUGAUCUCCCCGCGGCGGACACACACACACACACACACACACACACACACACACACACACCGGGCGGGGAGAUGUCGGGUCAGACCCUGACGGACCGGAUCGCCGCGGCCCAGUACAGCCUGACCGGGUCCGAGGUGGCGCGCGCUGUGUGUAAGGCCACAACGCACGAAGUAAUGGCACCCAAGAAGAAACACCUGGAGUACCUGAUCCAGGCCACGCAGGAGUCGAACGUGAACAUCCCUCAGAUGGCCGACACGCUGUUCGAGCGAGCGGGGAACGCCAGCUGGGUCGUGGUGUUUAAGGCCCUGGUCACUACACAUCACCUCAUGGUGCACGGGAACGAGAGAUUUAUUCAGUUCCUCGCUUCCAGAAACACGCUGUUCAACCUCAGCAACUUCCUGGAUAAGACCGGAUCACACGGCUACGACAUGUCGACGUUUAUCCGCCGUUACAGCAGGUACCUGAAUGAGAAAGCGUUCUCCUACAGACAGAUGGCCUUCGACUUCGGCCGAGUGAAAAAAGGAAACGACGGUGUGAUGAGGAUGAUGGCUACAGAUAAACUCCUGAAAGGCAUGUCCACGCUGCAGAAUCAGAUCGACGCCCUGCUGGAGUUUGAUGUUCAUCCUAAAGAUCUGAUCAAUGGCGUCAUCAACGCCGCGUUUCUACUCCUCUUUAAGGAUCUGAUUAAACUCUACGCCUGUUACAACGAUGGAAUCAUUAAUUUACUCGAGAAAUUCUUCCAGAUGAAGAAAGGUCAGUGCAAGGACGCUUUGGAGAUCUACAAAAAGUUCCUGACUCGAAUGACCAGAGUGUCGGAGUUCCUCAAAAUCGCAGAGCAAGUGGGCAUCGAUAAGACCGACAUUCCCGAACUCACCCAGGCCCCUGAGAGUCUGCUGGAGUCCCUGGAGACACACCUGAACACACUGGAGGGGAAGCGGGGCUCAACAGCUAAGAAGAGUUCUUCAGUCAGUAAUGGAACUCCUGCAGGAACUCCAGUGAAGACGGUGGAUGAAGUUCCAGCUCCAGCAGCAGCAGAAGCUCAGAGUGUGACUGCAGCUCCAGUCGGUGGAUUCAGUGAUUUGGUGGAUUUUGAUUUAUUAGCCCCGAGCGCGGGUGCUGCAGCGGCGCCGGCGUCGUCCUGGGGAGACCUGCUGGGUGAGGCUGCUGCCGUUAGUUCUUCCUCUACACUCCUCUCUGAGCCUGAAUCUGUCGCUCCUGCUGAAGUCACUGAAGCGAGUCAUGCUGCUGCAGCUGAGCCUGCGGCUAAUGCUAACGCUCCUGCUCUGACUAGCGCUGGUGCAAAUGCUAAAAGUGCUGCCCCUGACCCGCCCUCCUCCCUGUCGGACAUGGACCUGUUCGGAGAUGCAUUUGCCCCCUCUCCAGGUGAUGGAUCAGCUGAGGGCGGAGCUCCAGCAGUGGCUGCUGAUGCCUUUACUGGAUCUGACCCCUGGGCUCCCUCUGAAGGCAGUGUGGAAGUCGCCCCAGAGCUCGACCUUUUUGCUAUGAAACCAGCAGAGGGCAGCACUGAGAGUCCAGCUAAUGGAGAGCCGAGCACCACGCCCACUGUGGCCCCUGAAACCACCCCUGAAACCACCCCUCCAGCCCCCUCCCCCCCAACCACAGAGUCUGCGACCCCCCCGCCCCGCCCAGCCCCCGCGGCGCUAGACUUCUUUGGCGAUAUAUUUGAUUCUGUGCCCGAACAAAACGCCUCCUCAGAGCCCAAAGCUGCUGUAACUCCCACUAACGUAGAUCUGUUCGGUGCAGAUCUUCCUGCUGUUUCUCGCGGGCCUUCACCCUUACCUGACGCUUCAAUCACUGCUGAUCUUUUAUCUGACUCUUUUAUCACUCCGACUCCGACUCCAGCUCCAUCUCUCGAUACUGUGUCUCCACCCAAAACUGAGGCUCCUGUGUUGGACCUGCUGGACACAUUUGGGGAACCUGCAGUGGAACCACCCACUUCUACUUCUACAGGAGAUCUGCUUGGAGGUUUGAUUUCUCCCAUUGCCCCCAUUGCUCCUGUUUCCAUGGGAACAGCAGCAACUGUUGCCCCGAGCAACCUGCUGGAUUCGGGCUUUGAUGCUUUUGAUUCGCCACCUGCCCCCUCUGUGACCUCUGACCCAGUUCCGACCUCUGCAGCUGAUCCAGCUUUCGAUGCACUAGGGGACCUCCUCAUGCCCUCCAUUACCCCUCAGAGUACUGGUGGCAGUAGUACUCCUAUAGUUCCUGCAGCAUCUCCUAUGGUUCCUGUGGCAACGGUUCCAAUGGGAGCCCCACCAGCCACGCCCACCGCUAUGCCAACCAUGAUGCCCAUAUCACCCGCCAUGAUGCCCAUCACCAGUCUGCCUCCUAAAGCCAUCAGUAUAGAUCUGGAUGAAUCACUGGCCAACCUGGUUGGAAAUCUGGGGAUGGGAAGUCAGAAAAAGGACGGGGAAAAGAAGCUGACGGGUGGACUGAACUGGACCCCUCAGGUGGCCCCCACCAGCUGGAGUGCUCCGCCCAUGGCUGGAGCAACAGCUGGAGCGCCCCCUACUGGAGCCAUGCCACCACCCAUAGGAGUGCAGCCUGCUUUUAGCCUGCCCCCUGCAGGAGGUUCUGGAGCUCCCAUGAUCCCUCAGCAGAUGAUGAUGGGACAGUCGAUGAUAAGACCACCGUACGCAGGAGCAGCUGCACCCCUGUCUCCAGGUCCUGCAGUUCAGAGUCCUAAGAAGCCACAGAGUAAAGACCCGCUGGCCGACCUCGACAUUAAAGACUUCUUAUAAUCUCUGAGUCUCAGCUCUGGUGAAAGCUGAUUCGCUGAUUGUUUACACCAACAUACACCUGAAGAUCCAGCGGUUAACCCCGCCCCUAUUCCAUAACCACGCCCCUCCCAUCUGCGCUGUUUAAUGUCAUAGCACAAACUGUGAAGUCAAUUUUAGAGGAAAAAAAAAGGAAAAAAAUUCCAAUGAAGAGUGAGAAGAGAGGUGUGUGUGUGUGUGUGUGUGUGUGUGCUUUAUCUCCAUGUGAUCUUUUCUUUUAAUAGGAACCAAAAAAAAAGGAAAAAAAGGAAAAUUUAAAAAUGUGCAAAUGUGUAGACUUUUUGCCAAGUGUUAGCUUCAGAGCGUGAAUGAUGUGCAAGCGUGUGUGUGUUUCCUGUGUGUGUGUGUGUGUGUGUUGUGUUCCUGCAGAAGGUUUUGCUCUCCUCUGUAUCUGUGGAUGAUGUGACUCUGGUUAUUAAACGAUGCCGUGAUCCCGCUGUUGGUUCUACACCUUUGUUUAUGAAUAUAACUUCAUGACGUAUACAUAUGCAGUAGAAACUCGUACCUGGGCUUCGAGAUCCUCUCACCCUCUUACACCUAGACGUUUGUUUGCAGAGUGACGUUAUUCCGCUCCCCUGUUAGUUUUCUGGGCAGGUUUCCAUGACAACGUGAUGGAGCAGAUGCUUUAACAGAUGAAACUCCUCACACUUUUGGAGACGACACUGAGGUCACGUCAGUGACAAUGAUGUGGGCGGAGCUUACGUUGAUUUCGAUCAGCUUGCCGUAUUACAUCAGGUGACGUUCGCUCGCGGAGCAGACGCUGCGCUAAUCUUCACUCCUGAUCUAAAGCAGCAUUUCAUUAAACACACGUCUGCCUGCGGUCUCAUCGCUGUGAGAGUAACACACGUGUGUAACAUGGACGUGAAAGUAUCUAGCGCGCGUGUAAAGGUGUGAGGCUCCGUACACUCCGUCCUAAAAAGUUUACAUUUCUAUUUAUAGAAAAUAUUUCGUUUUAUUUCUUGUAUUUUUCCGCCCUGUGACUAAAACACAUGUGUCCUAAAGAAUUACCCAUGAUCCUCUUGUGCAAUUAACCCUGUGUUCCAACACUGUUGUUUAUGCAAAGUUCAGAGUGUGUGUUCUUCCCAGGUAGUGUGCUAAUACGCGAGCGGAGCAGGAACUGGAACACAGCCAUGAGGAACUGAAGAAACCAUUUCUCUGUAGAUGAUUAAAAUAUAGAUUAUUUCAGAUGGUGUGUGUGUGUGUGUGUGUGUGUGUGUUUCAGAUGAGGGUUACUGUUAAACAGUGUUACAGUAAUAAAAUGUAGUGUAAAUUGAAUGCUAUGACACACACACACACACACACACACAAAGAUGUUUUAAUCUUGGUCUUGAUCAUCUGUAGAUCUUCAGUUAAAAUCCUCUGAUCGAAAAUGGUGUGAGAUUAUAUUAUUCAUUGAGUUUAUAUAUGUUUAUAUCUCUGUAUUUAUAAAUAUAUUUAUUUUCCUUGAUUUUGUCAUAUCUUUCUGCUCCCUGACCCAGUGCAUGUACACCUUUUGA